AUGUAUUUAAAGCACACGUUGGUUCUCGGAGACUCCCUUACCGUCAAGGUCUCGGGUUCUCCUCUCAUUGUCCGGGAGGGAGAGGAUGCUGUUCUGCCUUGCCUCCUCCUCCCCACUCACACCAACGCAGAGUCGCUGGAGGUCAGGUGGUUCAGAGUAGAGGAUAGUCAUGUCCAUACCUACAUAGCCCACAGAGAUGUGAUGGACGGACAGAGUGAGCCUUAUAAGGGGCGCACCAGCCUGUUCCAUGAGGAGCUGAGGAAGGGGAAUGUGUCUCUACAGCUGAGAGCCGUCCGGAUCUCCGAUGAAGGAUUGUAUCGCUGCUGUGUGAUUUCAGGGCAGCAGUAUUGUGGAGAAUUUGAGCUGAAGCUUGUCGCCCCCACCCCCCCAGCCCAGGGCAGCACCCCCUCUGUCUCCCUGCUUGAAGCCCCGGCCGGGGGGGGUCUCAGUCUGCUGUGUGUGUCGGAGGGCUGGUACCCCCCUCCAGAGCUGCUGUGGACUGAUGAGACGGGCGCAGACUGGAGAGCACACUUCACUACCAACGAGGAGCAGGACAGCACAGGAUUGGUCACUGUGCGCAGCCAGAUACACCUCCCCCGGCAACAGGGACACGCCCCCCGGCAACGGAACACCAUGAUCUGUGUGGUGAGAUCCAGGAAUGGGGCCACAGAGUUGAAGACCGUGAUGAAUAUCGCUGACGGCAGCACCCCCUCUGUCUCCCUGCUUGAAGCCCCGGCCGGGGCAGGUCGCAGUCUGCUGUGUGUGUCGGAGGGCUGGUACCCGCCUCCAGAGCUGCUGUGGACUGAUGAGACGGGCGCAGACUGGAGAGCACACUUCACUACCAAUGAGGAGCAGGACAGCACAGGAUUGGUCACUGUGCGCAGCCAGAUACACCUCCCCCGGCAACAGGGACACGCCCCCCGGCAACGGAACACCAUGAUCUGUGUGGUGAGAUCCAGGGAUGGGGCCACAGAGUUGAAGACCGUGAUUAACAUCGCUGACGGCAGCACCCCCUCUGUCUCCCUGCUUGAAGCCCCGGCCGGGGCAGGUCGCAGUCUGCUGUGUGUGUCGGAGGGCUGGUACCCGCCUCCAGAGCUGCUGUGGACUGAUGAGACGGGCGCAGACUGGAGAGCACACUUCACUACCAAUGAGGAGCAGGACAGCACAGGAUUGGUCACUGUGCGCAGCCAGAUACACCUCCCCCGGCAACAGGGACACGCCCCCCGGCAACGGAACACCAUGAUCUGUGUGGUGAGAUCCAGGGAUGGGGCCACAGAGUUGAAGACCGUGAUUAACAUCGCUGCAGACGGCAGCACCCCCUCUGUCUCCCUGCUUGAAGCCCCGGCCGGGGGGGGUCUCAGUCUGCUGUGUGUGUCGGAGGGCUGGUACCCCCCUCCAGAGCUGCUGUGGACUGAUGAGACGGGCGCAGACUGGAGAGCACACUUCACUACCAAUGAGGAGCAGGACAGCACAGGAUUGGUCACUGUGCGCAGCCAGAUACACCUCCCCCGGCAACACGGACACGCCCCCCGGCAACAGAACACCAUGAUCUGUGUGGUGAGAUCCAGGGAUGGGGCCACAGAGUUGAAGACCGUGAUGAACAUCACUGCCCAGGGCAGCACCCCCUCUGUCUCCCUGCUUGAAGCCCUGGCCGGGGGGGGUCUCAGUCUGCUGUGUGUGUCGGAGGGCUGGUACCCCCCUCCAGAGCUGCUGUGGACUGAUGAGACGGGCGCAGACUGGAGAGCACACUUCACUACCAAUGAGGAGCAGGACAGCACAGGAUUGGUCACUGUGCGCAGCCAGAUACACCUCCCCUGGCAACAGGGACACGCCCCCUGGCAACAGAACACCAUGAUCUGUGUGGUGAGAUCCAGGGAUGGGGCCACAGAGUUGAAGACCGUAAUGAACAUUGCUGAAGACUGUGACAUCUCUAUGCAAUGGCCUGUCAUUGCAAGCUCCAUACUGGCUGCUGUAAUCUGCAUUCCUGUUCUGUUGUACUUUACAAGGAAGCCAACAAAAGAAAAGGAGGAUCUUAAGAAGCAAAAUGAGACUUUAAAAAAAGAGAAACGGACAGCUCAAGAAGCGCCUUUCACAGUGGACCAUCAUCACAAAGCGCUUAACAGAGAUGAUGAAGAACUUCAACAGGACCGGAAAAAGGAGGGUCUUCUGGAGCAAAAUGAAUCUUUGAAAAAGGAGAAAAAGAACAUUGAAGAUGAAAAGGAGGCUCUUCAGAAGCUAAAUGAUCAUUUAAAAAGAGAGAAAGAUGCACUGGGAAAAGAAAAGGAGGUUCUUCAGAAGAAUUAUGAGACUUUGAAACAGGAGAAAGAGAAGGUUGAAGCAGAAAAGGAGGAUCUUCAGAAGCAAAAUGAUCAUUUAAAAAGAGAGAAAGAUGCACUGGGAAAAGAAAAGGAGGAUCUUCAGAAGCAAAAUGACGAUUUACAAGGCGAGAAUAAGAGACUGGGAAAAGAAAAGGAGGAUCUUCAGAAGAAUUAUGAUCGUUUAAAAAGAGACAAAGAGACACUGGUAAAAGAUUACAAAGGUCUUCAGAAGCAAAAUGAUCAUUUAAAAAGAGAGAAAGAUGCACUGGGAAAAGAAAAGGAGGGUCUUCAGAAGGAUUAUGAGUCUUUGAAAAAGGAGAAAAAGAACAUUGAAGAUGAAAAGGAGGGUCUUCAGAAGGAUUAUGAUCAUUUAAAAAGAGAGAAAGAUGCACUGGGAAAAGAAAAGGAGGAUCUUCAGAAGAAUUAUGAGUCUUUGAAAAAGGAGAGAGAGAAGGUUGAAGCAGAAAAGGAGGAUCUUCAGAAGGAUUAUGACCGUUUAAAAAGAGACAAAGAGAAACUGGUAAAAGAAAACAAAGGUCUUCAGAAGAAUUAUGAUCAUUUAAAAAUCGAGAAUGAGAGACUGAGAAGAGAAGCUUUUAAAAAGAAGAAUGAGAUAAAAACACCAACAGACAAUUCGAAAGAGGGACUGGAAAUUAAGAUCAAAAUGUUGGAGGAAGAUUUUAAAGACCUUCGGAAGAAUACCAACACAUGUGGCUAUGCCCUUGGCAGAGCAUGGGAAAAAAUGACUGAAGCUCGUGUCAAUAUGACUCUAGACCCUGACACAGCCAGCCCCAGCCUCGCAGUCUCUGAAGACGGCUCACAAGUGAGAUUCACAGGGGAGAGAUCAGCAGAGUGGCCCAGUGUGCUGGGCAGGGAGGGGUUCACCUCAGGGAUGCACUACUGGGAGGUGGAGGUGGGGGAGAAGGGCUACUGGGUCCUGGGAGUCUCCACACACCCUCAUGAGAAGAGCAUACCUGAGAAACCAAGGGAGGGCUACUGGCUUGUAAGGCUGGUUAGAGGGAAGAUCUGUACAGCUGUGAGCCAGUCAGGGGAUCAGAUCUUAAAACUGGAGAAGAUCUGCAAGGUGUGGGGGGUGUAUCUGGAUCACGAGGGAGGGAGGCUGUCAUUUUGCAAUGCAUGGACCAGAUUUCACAUCCAUACUUUAGAAGGCCCAUUCCCUGGGCAGGUCUACCCCAUUUUCAGCCCAGGGUCACACGAUAAAGGACCCUUGAUAAUCCAGCGAGUCCAGCACACAGCAACUUAAUAUAGACACCACUGUAUUGGGUUGCUGCUGUAUUUCUGUACAGGAUUUAUAUUAAUGUUAUACAGUGUGGUCCCGCCAGCAUUUCCCUGUGUACAGCACAGCGAGGCUCUGCCCAGCACACAGCAGGCAAUGCCAGCACACUAGAUUACUACUUUAUAUAGACACCACUGUGUUUGGUAGCUGCUGUAGUUCUGUCCAGGGUUUUAUAUUAGUGUUAUACAGUGUGGUCCUGCCAGCAUUGCCCUCUGUAUCAGUGUGAGACCCUGUUAAGCUACAGCAGCUAUAUUAUGAUAAUGAAUGUGAGUGAUAAGCGUAUAUCUUUCAUUGUCAGGAUUUAAGGAAUGUGCUCAUGUAGUUUGAUUUUUUAUUAUUUUAUUUUUUAUUAACUAUUGAUACAAAUUUAAAAAAAACAUAUUGUGGGAUUUAUAUCAGUAUUAUUAGUAGUUAAAUACAAAUAUAAUUUAAAAAAAACCGAUUUGCUAAUAAAUUUGCUGUGAGACUGU